UCUCAUUGCAUUGCGUUUCACGACGACGUCGACGUGAAUUCGUAGGUAGCAGUCUAUCUGCUCUGUGUCACGGUUUAUUGAGUUAUGCGGUGAAACGAGAAUAGUGAGGACUGUCAAAUUCUUGACACGGAAUUCAUAUUUAUCACAAUAGUAUAACUUUGAAUUGUAAAUGAAAUAUGUUUAGAUAACGAAAAAAAAUACUCAUUGUUUUCUUUGAUGAAAAAAAUGACACGUUCUUCAUAUAGUGAUUUAUACAUAAGCCACAUAUUUUCUUCCAACUAUAGGCAAGUGAUGUGGUUAAUGACCAAGACAUUCUUUAUUGUUGCCUGCAAGUUGUAACACAUAUUUAAAGCCGGUGAUCGGGAUGGAGAAUUAAUGUGAGAAUAGCAAUUGUUUCCUUGCUCAUCAAAUAUAUCCAGUGAGAUUAUCAUUUAAUCAGGAGAUUAGAAAAGAUUAUUUCAAUGUAAUUGGAUUUAGUUUUUGUGUAUAUGGAGACAAACCGUUCACCUAUAUGACGUGUAUAACCUAUUGACGUAGGCAGAAUAACAUAAACAAGAGAAGUGACAUUUUCCAUCGCUAAUCACAGUCAAAAAAAUCGAGAGGUUGAUAAUUUACAUCCUGAAUUGUCAGGUGAGCUGUGAUUGUCUUUUAUUUUUUCCUUUGACGAAAACUUCUACUGACAACGAAGAAUAAUUAAUUUAAAUUGAUUAUAGAGAGGCAGAAUAAUGUGUGAUUCAUUCCAAAAGUAUUAAUCGGCUAGUAAAAAAAAAAAAAAAUUAACGUCGAAUGUCUGCUAAACCUACAGCAGACUUGUUAAAAAAUCUGGAUCUAAAGACCAGGUGAUGAGCUCAGUUUGGUGGGGAGCCUCAAGCACACAACGAGACUCCAAACAUGUUUCGCUCAAAGAUAAGGAUUCACACUUGCCAGGUGAUCCUGUUGACCUCGCUAGUCUGGUUCCUUUUGGACGUGAUGAUAUUAAUGUUCUAUUCGGACUGCAUCGGCGGCUCAGGUUGGAAUUGUCCUGACAUUAGGCAAACUGAAGAGCCAGAAAGCGCCAAUGAAUUAAUUGGCGAUGUUGAUCCAAUAACGAAAAUGCGAAAGAAAUAUAAGCGAAAUGAAAUAUUUGAUUGGCGACCGGCGGCAACGGUGAGAGGACGCUCGGGUAGUCCUGGCGAAAGUGGUUCGGCCGUUCAUAUUCCCGCUGAGGAUGAGGCGAAGCAGCAGGAACUUUUUAAAUUGAAUCAAUUUAAUUUAAUGGCGAGUGAUAUGAUUUCGUUGAAUCGCUCAUUAAAGGAUGUUCGAUUGGAGGAUUGUAAAAGUAAAACUUAUCCCAAGCUUCUUCCAAAAACUAGUAUUGUUAUUGUUUUUCAUAAUGAAGCGUGGAGCACAUUGUUGAGAACAAUUUGGUCCGUUAUUAAUCGUUCACCAAAAAAUUUACUACAAGAAAUUAUUCUCGUCGAUGAUGCCAGCGAGCGAGACCAUCUAAAGGAGGAUCUCGAGGAUUAUGUAAAGACUUUACCAGUUUCAACUUCUGUUUUGCGCACGAAGAAGAGAUCAGGACUUAUAAGAGCGAGAUUACUUGGCGCAAAGCAUGUAAAGGGUCAAGUAAUUACAUUUUUGGAUGCUCAUUGCGAGUGCACGGAAGGUUGGCUCGAGCCACUGCUUGCAAGAAUAGAAAAUGACAGGACGACAGUGGUUUGUCCUAUUAUCGACGUAAUUAGCGAUGAUACUUUUGAAUAUAUUACAGCCAGCGAUAUGACCUGGGGAGGUUUCAAUUGGAAACUUAAUUUUAGAUGGUAUAGAGUUGCUCAAAGAGAAAUGGAGAGGAGAAAGAGAGAUAGAACAGCACCGCUUCAUACACCGACAAUGGCAGGUGGAUUGUUUGCCAUCGACAAAGAAUAUUUCUAUCAUUUGGGCGCAUAUGACGAAGGAAUGGAUAUUUGGGGCGGAGAGAACUUGGAAAUGAGUUUCAGGAUAUGGAUGUGUGGUGGGACGUUGGAAAUCGCGACAUGCUCGCAUGUUGGACAUGUGUUUCGUAAGUCGACUCCCUACACCUUCCCCGGAGGCACGAGCAAGAUCGUGAAUCGGAACAAUGCUCGCCUCGCUGAGGUCUGGUUGGACCAAUGGAAACACUUCUAUUACAACAUUAAUCCAGGUGCUCGUAGUGUUUCUGUUGGCAAUGUCUCGGAACGAAUUGCAUUAAGGGAAAAACUUAAGUGCAAAAAUUUCAAAUGGUACUUGGAAAAUAUUUAUCCAGAGUCGCCGAUGCCUUUGGAUUAUUAUUAUCUCGGCGAUGUGAAAAAUGUCGAGACGAGAAAUUGCCUCGACACGAUGGGCAGAAAAUCGGGAGAAAAUGUUGGUGUUACUUAUUGUCAUGGACUCGGUGGCAAUCAGGUAUUCGCGUAUACGAAGAGACAGCAAAUAAUGUCAGAUGAUAUGUGCCUGGAUGCUGUAAGUCCUCAUGGACCAGUGAAGAUAGUCCGUUGCCAUGGAAUGGCCGGAAAUCAAGCUUGGGUUUACAAUAAUCAAACGAAAAUGAUAACACACACAAAUACGGGUUAUUGUCUCUCAAAACCAAGACCCGGCGACGCAACACAGCCAAUUCUCGCUAAUUGCGAUCCACGUGUUCCCGGACAAAAAUGGAUAAUGCAGAGUAAAUUCAAAUGGCAAGCCAGCUAAUACCAAGCAAACGCAAAGAACCAAUACUCGGUACUUGUUGAUGCGUUGAAGUAUUUAUAAAAAUUAGAGGACUGAACUUUUCAGGGACCUUAUUAAUUCUGAAAUUUAUGAAAAUAUCAUAAACAAUCUGUUGAAAGAUUCUUUAUGAUCGUAAUAACAACAAAACAAACAAAAAAACGCAAAUAAUUACGAAGACUAGACAAUUUUUUCUUAGAAAGCUAAUCUAGUGUUUUAUAUAGAAUAUUUGAGCAUUUACUGCCAUUUUUUAUGGUAUGCUUUUGAGUUUUUAAAGUACGUUGUUUUGAAAGAUUAAAAAAAAACACAGUACCGGUGCAAAUGAAGAAUAACGUAAAUUUUUACCGAAUGUUAGAUGAAAAAAGAGAGAAAGAAAAGCAUAUCAAGUAACUGUUAUUUAAUUAAAAAUCAUUGUUGACUUGGGUAAAUUUAAGUGUAAAGGCGAAAUUUAAAAAAAAAAUUGCUAAUUUUGGGAUGAGUGCAAUGAUGACCUUCCACAAUUUAAAAAAAAGAAUUAACAGCUCGAGAAUAGAGUUCAAGCCUUUAUUUUAUUAAUCAAAGCUAAGUCAAAGUUUUUAAAUAAAAUAGAUUGUAAAAAUAAAUUGUAAUUGAAUAUCUUAGGAUUUUAAAUAGACUUGUAUUGAAUUGAAGGGAAAACAAAAUAUUGACGGCUCGGUAUUAUUAAAUUAAUAUCUUUUGUAAAUAUCUAAGAUAUUUUCCUCAUAGUCAGAUUCAAUAUUUAAGUUAACUAAAAAACUUUUUUUUAAGUUUUUAUAAUUAUCCCCAUCCCUCCAUAGUCAAGUUCAAUUUUUAAACCCCCCUGCCUUCCCUUUUUGUGUUUUUUUUAAGCUCUACUUUUAAAUCAUUCCUCAUAGUUGUUAAUUUAAAUGUUUUUCUUAGGUAAUUUUUUUUCUGUUUUGAACUCUCGUGAUUAAGUGUGUUUUUAAACUUUCGAACGUUCAAAUGAAGAAAAUUUUAUUACUUCUUUUAAAGUUUUAACAGAAAUUUUUUAUAUUAAAAAAAUUAAUUCUUAACUGAGGGCUCGAACUAGGUCCGUAAAUCCCGUAAAGGUCCGUAAACACUUUUAAGAGCAUAAUUCUCAUUUUUUUAAAAGCAUAAUUACAAGUUUCUGAAGAGCAUAAAUUGUCUAAAUUGUAAAUUAUUAUUUAAAAAUCUAUUUUUAUUUAGAAAAGUUUCGUUUAUUCGAACGUUCGAA